AGCCCACCUUUGAUGACAUAUUUGACCGCUUUUUAUGAAUUGAUCGUUGAAUUAGUAAACGGUGUUUGAAAUGAUGGCCCGACAGGCAGUUGUGGUCAACGUUUACGAUAUGGCAUCGAUAAACCAGUACUCAUCCUCUCUGGGGAUCGGGAUCUACCACUCGGGGGUUCACGUCUACGACACGGAGUUUGGUUACGGCGGACACCCUUUCAGUCUUUCGGGAAUCUUCGAGAUUGAGCCCAAAGACGUGGAUUCGCUGGGAGAAGACAACUUCAAAUUCAAAGAGUCAGUGGUCAUCGGUUACACUGACUUUAGUCGCGACGAUAUAACAGAGAUAAUUGAAGAAAUGGGCAAAGAAUACAAAGGAGAUAAAUACCAUCUUUUGCACAGGAAUUGCAAUCAUUUUACCGAAGCAUUAGUUAAGUAUUUAUGCGGCAAAUCGAUCCCUUCGUGGAUCAAUCGAUUGGCGUAUAUAAGCACUUGUGUGCCAUUCCUGGAACGAUGUCUUCCUAAAGAACUGUUAAUACCUGUGGCUCUGGAAGAGUCCAUCAGAGAACAGGUGGCCAACGAAAGCGCUGAACAAGAAGUGAUAAAAAACAAACUUUAAUUACAAUUUAGAAGUAAAUUGCAGUCCAAUUAACGAACGAAUAGUACAUUUUAGUAUUUUUAUUAUCUUUAUUAAUCUUUUGCUGCCUUACUAUACAUUAGACAUAAGUUUUUUCUAUACAGACUAUUAACAGAUUUCCGGGUAAACCGUUUGGCAUUCAAAACGAAAAUACAAUUUUAUUAAAUGCUCACAAAGUGUCAAAAUGUAUGCAUAAACUACAGGCAGUGCCAAAGCGUUAGAUUAAUUCACAUAUUAUAACAUUUGAUUUUAUCAUUUUAUAUCACCGAAUAUGCAGUUUUCAAACACUAUUAUUAUUAUGAAUUUGACUACAAAUUUUAAGUAAGAAAGUAAUUUUAUUUUCACAUUAUUUAAACAUAUAAAAUAUUAGUAUUACAAUCUGUAUAUAAAUUAAUUUAUAAAUUAAGCAAUUAUUGAAUAUUGACUAAAAUCGUGUCUCCAUUUUCAAUGGAAUAGAAGUUUAAAUUUUGCGAUUCCUUAUCCAAAGGACACUCAAAAUCCUGUAAAAUAUUUUAAUUUCCAUUAUUUUUCAAAAUGAAGUAUUUUUUUUGUUAUUUUUUAUUUUCAAACCUUUGAAGUCCACAAUAAGUUGAUGUCAUAAUUGUAAUCAAUUUCAAAGAGUUUCCGAACAAUUGUUUUCAAAUUUAUGAUUGAAAUCGAGGCUAUAAUUGAUUGAAAUGUAUAAUUAACACGAAUAAAGACAAUUCAUUAAAUACCGG